ACUAAUAUUUCUUCAUGGGACAGUGUCAUUAACUACAACAAGUACCGAACAUCGCCCGUUAGGCUGGCGCUUAAGCAGGAUGGGCGAUGAGCGGGGUAUCAACACGACGAGCCGCCCAAAUUAUAAGCGCCGAGUGAGAUCAUAAGGCUGUCCAGAUCAAGAGCUGCCUCAUCACCACUUCAUUUCACCUUCUCUGCUUUCAUCAAUUCCACCCACUACAUUGAGUGUGAAGCUGACAGAUACCCAUCACUGGGAUAAUCCCCAAUACCGCCAUGCAAUAGCCCCUACACCCAAUGUUCCAUCGAAAACCAACCAUCAAAGAAAUCCCCCCGGAGUCAAUAACCGUAGCAAUCUUCUGCACCCUAGCAUUCGAAGCCGUGGCAGUGAGAUACAUCUUCGACGAAGAACUCACCUGCCAUCCUACCUCCCCCGGCCCCAAGAACUACAUCUACACCUUCGGGCGCAUCGCAAACCACAACAUCCUCCUCGCCCGACCCCACCACAUCGGCCCCGUCCAGUCCGCCCACUGCGCCGCAACAGUCAGACACCACUUCCCCAACCUCCAAUUCGCCCUAUCAAUCGGCACCGCAGGCGGCAUCCCACGCCCCCACAAACGCGACAUCCGUCUCGGCGACAUCGCCAUCGGCCUCCCCGGCGACAAUCACCCCGGAGUCCUCGAACACGACUUCGGCAAAUACGAACAAGAUCGCUUCGUGCUGAAAGGCUGCGCCAAUAAACCUCCAGGCAUUCUCAUCAGUGCGGAUGGAUCGCUCGAAGAGGACGAAAUCAUGGAUAGAAGUCCGGUGAAUACUAUCUUGGAAUCUAUAACAUCCGCACAGCCGAAAUACGCGCGCCCUGCCGAUGAGGAUAUUCUCUACGAUUCGGACUUCCACCACCUCAAUCCGGGAGACGACUGCAGUGCGUGCGAAGCAUCUACGAAGAAAAAACAUGUCGCUCGGCCGGUUCGUCCUCACACGCAGCCUCUCGUACACCGCGGCCUCAUACUCUCCGGAAACGAGGUAGUCAAGAACCCGCGCGACCGGGAUCAAUUACGGCGAGGAUACGACGAUGCGCUAUGUUUCGAGAUGGAAGCCGCCGGGAUCGUGGAUGAGAUUCCUUGUUUGGUGGUACGGGGAAUAUGUAAUUAUGCUGAUACGCAUAAGCAGGAUACCUGGCGGUAUUAUGCUGCGGCGGCGGCGGCGGCUUAUGGGAGGGCGGUUCUGGGGAAGAUUGAUGGGGUGGAUGGGGGCUGGAUUGGCAGUUGGUUUAGGGGGGUGAGAGGGUUGUUUGGUGGGUUAUGGUGAGGUACUUUAAAAUGUUGUGUUGGGAGGGCUGGGAGCUAACUGUGUGAGGGUCUCUGUCGGGGUUGAUGAUGUAGUGCAGUGGGAUGGUUCGGGUUGAGUGGUAGGUUCUGGAAGUUGCUUUGGCUAUCUUUAGUGAUGUAUAUAAAUAUAUUAGGGU